AUGAGCAAUGCUGGAGCUGGCAACGUGCAAGGCCAGCCGCAACAACAAGCACAACCGGCCGUUAAUCCAGCGCGGGCGAGCAACAAAGCGCCCCGGUUCGAAGGCACGUUUGAGCUCUAUCGCGCCGAAUUGGAGCUCUAUCUGGCAGAGCGCGACUCGUGGGCUGUAGUGAGCGGCGGGGAGACACGCCAUGCUACGGAUGUGGGCCUGCAACGCCAGUAUGACGGGCGAGAUCGAAUUGCACGUGCGGCUAUCCUACGCGGUCUGCGCGGAUGCAAGAAUGAUGAUGCUGCCAAGGUGUGUGGAAUGGCUACGGCUGCGGAAAUGUGGAAUACACUGGUGGCGGAUAACACCCAACGCGACUUCUCCUACGCGGUACUCCUGCGGCGACAGUUGCAUCAAACCUCUCAUAAUGAGGGCCAAUUAUUGGCCGAGUACAUCACGACAAUGACGCAACUUCGGCAAAAGCUGCGCAAUAUGGGCCCGGACCAUGCUAUUACGGACAACGACAUGGCCCAGUUGCUGCUGAUGGGCGUGGCAGUGACGCAUCCUGAGUUACUGGACCAGUUCGACCUGCCUACGCGUCAAGGCAACCCACCCACGCUGCUACAAGUGACCAAUGCUCUAAGAUCCAAGGAUGAGCGUACACCCAUGGCCGAGCAAGUGGGUGGGACGCGAAAUGGAAAUGGCAAUAACUGCUAUUAG